AUGGCUUCGGGCAAGGUCGAGAAGAAGCGCAGCGCCCGCGCCUGGGACGGUCUCAAUCCUCCCCUCGCCGAAUGGAUCCUCGACGCAGUCUCGACAAUGGGCUUCGCCCAGAUGACGCCCGUCCAAGCCGCGACCAUUCCUCACUUUAUGGUCAACAAGGACGUUGUUGUCGAGGCCGUUACUGGUAGCGGAAAGACCCUGACCUUCCUCAUCCCCCUCAUCCAGAAACUUUUGCGCAGCGAGCCCACCAAGAGACACCACGUCGCCGCCAUCAUUGUCUCUCCCACCCGAGAGCUCGCCGCUCAGAUCCAUACCGUUCUGCUCUCGCUUCUACAAUUCCACGCCCCUUCCGCCGAUAUCCUACCACAGCUCAAGGAGGACGAGAAGCGCCCGGCCACCACAGCACCCGUCAUUGUACCCCAGCUACUAGUCGGUGGUACCACAACGACGGCCCAGGACCUCAGCUUCUUCCUGCGACACAGCCCCAAUGUGUUGAUAUCUUCUCCGGGUCGACUUGUCGAACUUCUCUCGUCGCCACAUGUCCAUUGUCCGCAGUCCUCGUUCGAGGUCCUGGUUCUCGAUGAAGCCGAUCGCCUGCUUGAUCUAGGCUUCAAACCCGAUUUGCAGAAAAUUCUAUCACACCUUCCCAAACAGCGCCGAACAGGCCUGUUUAGCGCCAGUGUCAGCGAAGCCGUGGGAGAGAUUAUCCGAGUUGGUCUACGGAAUCCAGUCAAGAUCGAGGUCAAGGUCAAGAUGAAGGAUGGCGGUAUCCUCGAGGACAGGAGAACUCCCGCGAGUUUGCAAAUGGCAUACAUGAUCAAACCCGCAAGCCAAAAACUCCCCGCCUUGGCACAGCUCCUCGAGAGGCUUCCCGUGAGGCCCCAAAGGGCCAUCGUCUUCCUCUCCACCUGCGCUGCCGUGGACUACUUCCAGCACAUCCUCCCGGAACUGUUGCCUGAAGGGUUUGCGCUAGUGCCUCUACAUGGAAAGCACCCUGCCAAGGUGCGAGAAAAGAACUUCAGCCGGUUCCUCACCUCGGUCUCCCCGACGAUUCUCUUAACAACAGAUUUGGCUGCGCGAGGACUGGAUAUCCCCCAAGUCGACCUUGUUGUACAAAUCGACGUUCCCUCAGACCCCAAAGUCUUCAUACACCGCAGUGGCAGAGCUGGACGUGCCGGCCGAAAAGGGUUGGCAGUGGUUAUGCUACAUCCCGGGCGAGAGGAAGACUACGUGAAAUUCUUGGAUAUCCGUAAAACGCCCAUCUCACCUCUGGAGAGACCAGAUAUCAAUGUGUCAGACGAAGAUGCUACUACGGCAACCCAAAAGAUCCGAGACCUAGUCCGAGAGGACCGAGCUCUCUACGACAAGGCGCAGAAGGCAUUCGUGAGCUGGGCUCGAAGCUACGGCGCACACCAAGCAACAUCCAUCUUCCGAGCCGCCGAUCUCGAUUGGACCGAUCUCGGAAACGCCUGGGGUCUCUUGCGCAUGCCUCGAAUGCCCGAGUUGAAACUUUGGACUGGGGACAAGAUGCUAGGCCAAGAGAUCGAUUGGGAAACAUUUGCCUACAAGGAGAAGGCUCGGGAACAGGCCAGAAAGGUCGCCCUCGAGGUCGAGAAGUCAGGAGAAAAGGUCGAAAAGGAAGAUCACCAGCGCAAGCGGAAGAACAACGAGUCGUGGAGCGUCAAGCACGGCAAGGAGGACGAGAGGGUCGAACGUCGGGAGAAGCGGCGCAAGAAGCGCGAAGCGGAGAAGAUGUCGGUCAUGACGAACGAUGAAAAGACCAAACAGCUGGAGCUCAACGAGUUGAUCAUGGAAGUGCGGAGACAAACCAAGGCCAAGGCGAAGGCCGAAGCUGCGGAGGCGGCAAAGGCUGCAAAAGCAGUAAAGGCGACAAAGGAUAGUGAGUUUGAAGGAUUCGACGAUUAG